GCCUGCAGCUCCCAGGAGCCCAUGUGCUGUGCCGGCUGGAAGCAGCAGGGGGACGAGUGUGGGAUCGCGGUGUGCGAAGGCAACUCCACGUGUUCGGAGAACGAGGUGUGCGUGCGGCCUGGCGAGUGCCGCUGCCGCCAUGGCUACUUCGGUGCCAACUGCGACACCAAGUGCCCGCGCCAGUUCUGGGGACCCGACUGCAAGGAACUGUGCAUCUGCCACCCGCAUGGGCAGUGCGAGGAUGUGACCGGCCAGUGUACGUGUCACGCGCGGCGCUGGGGAGCAC